AUGACCGUUGCAUCUUAUUAUGCCAAGAUGAAGACUAUAUUGGAUCAACUGGGUGCUUACUCAAAGGUACCCAAGUGCAACUGUGGAGGAUGCACUUGUGGGCAGGCUCGUGAGUAUGCAUGUGAGCGAGAAGAGGAGAAACUUCAUCAAUUCUUGAUGGGGAAGAAAGUCACCGUACUAAUAUCAGACAACAAGAAGAGCAUGUCGAGGUGGUGGCGCUUACCACUCAAAUGGCAAAACCGAAAGCAACAGCACCACCCACUCACGGAUAACAGCAAAGCAGUGGCCAAGGAGAACGACAUUGUUCCAAUUGCAACCAAUGAGGACACGAGGUAUCUGAUUGUUUUCGAGGUAAUCGGAUAUCCACCAUGGUGGAUGGGACCACAUGGUUGGGAAAAUCAGCCAAAUCAAAAGAACCAGGCUCUUCCCCGCGGUGGUGCUUUUCCUGGGAACAACAAGAGCCGCAACCAGGGUCGUGUAACAGCCCUUCAUACUGUUGGAAGGCCAUCCACAACUGGGGAUCAUUCUGAUGGAAACUCCAUGACUCUAAAUCUGAUGGGAGAUCAAGUUCAAAGGUUGUUAACUUUCUUGGAACAUGAGAAUUCCGAAUGGCUUUCUAGUAAGGUCUUAGAUGAAUUCUUUUGGAUAUUGGAUAGCGGUGCUUCGAAUAACAUGACAGGUACAUUUCCCUUUGAUGAACACACAUCCUUGAGAUCACCAAAAGUUACAUUCAUUUCUUGUAGAGUUGGAGGGGACAUCAGUGACGAUGUGGUGAAUGAUGAGAUUGAAGACGAAGAGGGCACAUCUUCGGAGUUAAGGGGUAGUAUUCCUUUGGAAACAAAUGCACCGAAUCUUGAAGGGAAUCCUGUUGAGAGUGCAAGUGAUUUGAAUGGGGCUAUUUCAAAUGAUGGUGGGAAGCUAAUAUUGGAAGUUGGAAGACAUCUCACAGCUAUAGAAUCUCGGCCAAGACGUGUGACCAAGAUGCCGGCAAAGUACGAAGAUUAUGUUGUAUUUUUAGCCACUUUACAACCAUCUCGACAUGUCAAAAGGAACCAUGGGGCUGAUAAGUUGGAGUUUAGAAAACCAACAGCAAGUGAAAAGAUUCCAGCAAGAUCUUGGGAGCAACAAAAAUGUCCUCGAGAAAAACUGGACAGAAAUCAUGAGGAUGGAAGUUUUGUGAACUCUGAACAUCAAGUUUUUGGGGAAUCCUUGAAGGAACGACGACGGCAUCAGAUUUGCUUAAGUACUGUUCAUCAUGGCACUACCGACCCCCCUACUCGAAGUCCUCAUUUCAUGAUAGCAUCGCAGGGAACCAUUAUCUCAAAUGAGGAGCGGAGGAGUUAUGAUGAGGCCAUAAAAACCCUCGAUGGCGUGAAGCAAUGGCGAAAGAGAUUGAGGCACUUUAGGCGAAUCGCACCUGGACCUUAGAGAGUUUGCCUAUUGGGAAGAAACUAAUUGAUUGUAGAUGGGUCUACAAGGUCAAAUACAAAUCUGAUGGUACCGUGGAACGCUACAAGGCGCGUUUGGUUGCGAAAGGCUUUACUCAAGUGGAGGGCCUCAACUUUCAUGAGACAUUUGCUCCGGUGGCUAAACUUGUUUCAAUUUGAGUUUUCUUGACUGUCGCUGUGGCGCAAGGAUGGGACU